AUGUUGUCUACAGUGUUGGCAGACAAACACGGCAAUGCUCUGUGGUUGAAUGAGAGAGAGUGCUCCAUUCAGAGAAGAAACCAGAAAGUGGUGGAGGAGGCACCCAGCACCUUUCUGGACCCAGACACCCGGCGAGCGAUGGGAGAGCAGGCCGUAUCUCUGGCGAAAGCAGUGAAAUACUCCUCAGCUGGCACUGUGGAGUUUCUUGUUGACACCAAGAAGAACUUCUACUUCUUGGAGAUGAACACACGUCUACAGGUGGAGCAUCCUAUCACUGAGUGCAUCACAGGACUGGAUCUGGUGCAGCAGAUGAUCCUCAUCGCAAAGGGCUACAAACUCCAGCAAAAACAGUCUGACAUACCCAUAAAUGGCUGGGCCAUCGAGAGCAGAGUCUAUGCUGAGGUAAACCAACAAACAAACAAUCAAUACAGUGACUAA